AUGGCCAGCCCGUUUGUACCACCUAGCACCCAAUCGGGCCUAGUUGUCGACGACCACGACAAUGUCAUCAUUCGCUACGACUGCCCCUUCCCGUCCCUGCCACGAGACCAAGUCCUCGUCCGCGUACACGCCGUCGGCGUCAAUCCCAGCGACACCAAGAUGAUCGGGCCGUUCGCUGUCCCCCAUGCGAUCCUUGGAGCGGACUAUGCAGGCGAGGUCGUCGCUAUCGGGGUAGACGUGACUGAUGUGCAAGUAGGCGAUCGCGUGUGCGGGGCGCAGAACGAGCUCUUCCAAGGGAGCCCAGAGCGCGGGGCGUUUGCGGGCUACAACGUAACUCGUGGCCGCAUGUGGAUGAAGAUUCCUGACUCGUGGGGUUUCGAGGCUGCCGCCAGUCUGCCCGUAGGGCUUUGCACCGCCGGCUUGGCCCUGAAGCUGCUGGGCUUGCCGCUGCCAGAUCAGCCGGUGAAGACAGGCGCGCAUGUGCUGGUGUAUGGCGGGAGUACGGCUACAGCUACGAUUGCUAUCCAGCUCUUGAAGUUGUCCGGGUUGAUUCCUGUUGCGGUGUGCUCGCCCAGGAAUUUUGCCCUGGCGAGGAGCAACGGUGCCGAGAAGGUUUUUGACAGGCAUGACAAGGAUUGUGCACAGAAGAUUAAAUCUUACACAAGAAACAACCUGAGAUACGCCCUCGACUGCAUCACCAGCGUUGAGUCGACCAUCCUCUGCUUCGCGGCCAUCGGCCGCGCGGGUGGCAAGUACGUCUCGCUGGACCCGUGGCAGGAGCACGCGGCCACGCGCAAGGUCGUCAAGUGCGACUUCACUGUCGGGCCUAGGGUGUUUGGCGAGGGUUGCACCUGGCCUGCGCCGUACAAGAGCGAGCCGGACGAAGAACUGAAAGAAUUCGGGGUGAAGCUGUGGGACGUGGCGAGGGAGCUGGUUGCUGAGGGAAAGCUAAAGCAUCAUCCCCUCAGGGUGCUGGAUGGCGGGUUCGAGGCGAUUAUGGCGGGGAUGGAGCUGAGUCGGGAUAAGAAACUCUCUGGGGAGAAGAUUGUGGUUCGGAUGUAUCCGUAG